AUGCUUCUCGAGAGUGUACGCACGCAUUUUGCGUACAAGGGCACUUUCAAUACCGGUCAGAAACACAGGCACCUCAUGUACCGCUUGACGAUUACCUUGCAGUGCAUGCUGAUGAUAAUAUUUAUUUUCGAGGCCUUCUUCGUAUUGGUAUGGGACACCAAUCAGGCCGUAUACGUGUAUCAACCCUUCACUGGGUUCUCCACCCUGUUUAUACCAUCAUUUGCAUUCAAUAUAUGUGCUAUUGUCACCGUCUUCGGUACUACCUACGGCUAUCUCCCACCCACCAAGGCGCAAUUGUUGGCGGGAGUGGUCGAGCUUGAUCUCGAAGCACGUAGCUCGCACGUGCAUGGUGAAUUCUCGUUGUAUACAGCACAUUGGAUGUGUGCGGCGAGCAGACUCGCGUACAAGUUCAAACCCAACGACAAGCGCAAGAAGCCGCGCAGGAGGAAAAACGUUGUGGAUUCGAGGCUCGACAACCACACGAUCAACGCAGCGCAUGAAAGCGGUCGCGGAAUAUAUGUAGAGCGUACAAUACUUGGAAGCCCAUCAAAUGGUGAAGCUAUAGUUGAUCUGGCACUCAUGAAUGGUUGGUAUGGCGGUGGUCACCACCCGGGGAGAAGGCGCAGUACGUCCGGCCAGAUCAGUUCACAUGGAGGUCAAUACUGUGCGUUUGUCGACCAACAGGAAUACAAUCACAAGAAUGGACAUGCAUCCAAGGACUUUGGCUCAUGUGUAGAUGCACGCAAUGGAGAUGGGGAUGUGAAAACGAGCAACAGUGAUAAUAUCGAUGUUGCCAUCGGAUGUCGUGACGGCGGGGUUGAUGAUUGCCCUGAUCAUCAGGGUAAUGAACUCACGACGAGGUUAGAACCCCGUAUUAAAAAUAUCGAAAUUUUGCACACUAAAUCAGAGACACUCGCGCGCUGCACUACAUCGGAGGGGCAGGGGGGUAUCGACCAGCCCGAUGGUUCACUGUAUAGCAAUACUACAGGCCAGAUUGGAUGUGGAUAUGGAAAUGAAGACCGAAUGAAUUAUGCAUACCGGUCUGAAAACGGCUUCGCUCAUGUCAGUCCACACCCACAAGCUCACGGGACAGCACACGCACCACCUGUACAUGCACACGAACACGAGCACGCACAAAGCAACCACAGACAUCACGAUAAACAACUUAGACACCACGAUGACGAACACAGUCACCACCAAGGAAGUGACAGCGAUAGUGAGGCCUGGUCACAUGAUAGUGAUUCAGCGGACGACACAGAGGGGAGCGGCAGUGCAAACGACAGCGCUGAGGAGCAUGGGGUGAGAGACUAUGCUGAUAUCUGGAAAAAGAAGUGGCGAAAUUUCGAGCUGGUUGCGUACAUCAGCGAUGAGCGGACGGAUACACACUGUGUCAUAUUUAGAAACAAUGACGAGCUGGUGAUCUCGUUCAGAGGCACAAAGAGUUCGGGUAAUGCGAUGACAGACAUGCAAGCCCAUCUGAUACCACCGUGUUCGGACACAAAUCAGGUGGGGAGUAGCAACUAUUUCAAAUACAAACACACCUGCGAUGUGGGUUCACCAUGCCGGGCGGAUAAAAUCCUGGUGCACAGAGGUUUUCUAAAGGCCUAUAAGAGUAUCAAUGAGCGCGUGCUUGCGGUGCUGCGAAAUGAGGUGGACGCCCAUUCAGCGGGUAGUCCCAAGCCUGCUAGUAUCUUAUCAAGUACAAAUGAGGCAGCAAGCUAUCUGGAUCGGUCGACUAUUUUUGCAGCGCUUGUUAAGUCUGAUGUUGGAAAUUGCGAUCAUACAGAGACAGAUGGUGGUGUAGGCAAAGGAGCAUCAAACCAAUUACAAGCGCACAAGCAUAAAAAAGCAAGUGUUUUGCUGCAGAGAUUGCCAAACAUACAAGAAGUAGCAUCACAUGAGUUCGCGAACACGCAACCCCCUAUCCAAACACAUAAACCAACCCGUUCUGAUUUAGCUGACGGCGUUUCACACCGUGAUCCAUUGUGCAACAACUUAAGUGAGAGAGAUAUAACUUCCCUGUGUAACGGGUCGCCUAGCAACCCCAGCAGUACAAGUGUCCCCGGGAGCCCCAGCUUCUUGCUUCCUUUGCCUGGGAAUGCCACGGAUUGUACUGGUGAAUCGAAGGGGGAUGGUCGUGAGCUUGAAAAUAAUAGAGAUGCUCUCCAUAAGCAACCAGACUUGGAUAGAAUUGCUAGUGAACCUAAUCCCGUGGACGAAGGUGAAGUGGCAGCGUGGGGACAGCUGCAUGUAUUCGUCACUGGACACAGUCUAGGAGGUGCGCUGGCUACUCUCUGCGCGUUUGAAUGCUGUAAAUUCGACGCCUCCGAACUUGCUAUGACGGUGUACACAUUUGGUAGCCCUCGAGUGGGUAACCGCGCAUUUGCUGAAAGGUACGAUCGAAACUCGAAGCGAAUGCCGACCCACCGAAUUGUCAACGAUGGCGAUCCUAUCGUAGGGAUACCAAAAUUCUGGGCUCCGAAAUUGUUCAACAUCACGUACAAACAUGUGGGCACCUGCUACACCAUUGGCGGGCGGGGGGGUAUAAUCAUCAAUCCUAAUUUUUCUGAACGCAGAUUCCAGCUGAAGUCCAAACGUGACAUAUCGACACAUAGCAUCCGGCAGUAUCGGACGGUCAUCGUACGAUGUAUGGGUCGUGUGAUGGCGGGUGAGGAUCACGCGGACAGCGUGUUCGACCUGUCCACAGCUCUGCGGUCUAUUACCACCACGCUGCAAGCACCCGCUGACAUGUGCAGCAUAGAGGCAGACGAGGCCGACGGGAUAGACGAUGCGCUGGGAUCCAUGCAAUUCGACACAAUGGGCCCACUCCCGAGCAGAGCCCACCUACGCAGCCUGAUACAGUUGCCACGCACACAUAUUCUCGACGGAAUGCAGGGCUCGAGUGCGAAUGAUGGUGUUGGCAGAGAAAUAGCGAAGACGAGAACGUCGGUUAUAGGACGAACAAGGCGCGUGAUGCAUCGAAGUGCGACCGUGGACGUUGCGGAGACGACACGCCACUCCGCGCCAUGGAAUGAACCAUAUGCAUUGUAA